UCUCUGUCACCCCCCCUCGCCCUGCGUCUCCGUCGCCCCCUCCCUCAGCCUGAGUCUCCGUCACCCCCUCCCUCAGCCUGCGUCUCGUCCCGCCCCCUCACCCUGAGUCUCCGUCACCCCCUCCCUCAGCCUGCGUCUCCGUCACCCCCUCCCUCAGCCUGCGUCUCGUCCCGCCCCAGCUUCCUGGCCGACCUCGAGGAGAACUUCGAGGAGAACAUCCUGUGCUUCGACGUCUGCGGGACGCUCCUCUCCCACCUGCCGGAUUUCCGGCUCGUCUACAUCCCGUACCUGACCAACCAGUCGUACCAGGACAAGACGUUCAAGAACCUGAUUAAGAAGAACCCGCAGUUCCUCCGAGUGGUGGAGUCACUCGAGGCUCACCCCGUCUGCCAGCGCCUCACCCUCAAGUCCUUCCUGAUCCUGCCGUUCCAGCGCAUCGCCCGACUGCGACUGCUGGUCCAGAACAUCCUCCAGCGGUCAGUCCGAGGGUCCGAGGAUGAGGAAAAGGCACUGAGGGCAGCGGAGGGCCUCGGGGAGGUAAGGCCGGCAUCUCCUAGGAUG